AUGGAUUACAUCUCAAACCUCUCCCGCUUCUUUGCUUCAAGGCCAGAAUCUUCCACUCAGACGUCAUCCACGCAGCCUCCUGCUCCUGCUUCUGAACUAUUGUGCUCGGAAUACUCUUCUGUGGAUAUCCUAGCGGCCUUUCGUAGUCAAGUCCGUCACAACUCCCUUAAUGGAGACGUCGUGGUGAAUUUCUCGCGCUGUGCACGAGAUUUACGAGCCUCGACCUGUCCUUUAUGCCAGCUCUUCGGGUCCGUUUCUUGGCCACCUGGAUCAAGUUUUGCGACAGUUGAGGCGAGACUCAUACCCAUCGAUCUCUUGUUCACAGGACUGACUUUGCCCUCAUUGUUUGAGACCAAUGCCAUCGGCGUUCAUGGUUAUGAACCCAUGCGUCAUAGAUAUCACAGUCUAGGGCUCGUGGAUACAAGACAGCCUUCCUGUCCAGUAGGAUUCAACUAUGGAGUCCGAGUACUCAAUCGAGAAAGCUUUGAUGUUGAAAUCGUACGUCACUGGAUCGGAUUCUGUGGGAUCAAUCACCAUGGUGAUUGUGUGCCAACAUAUUUCACUGGUAUAUCCUCAUUUCGGGUGAUAGACUGCGUGACGAAAACUGUUGUCAAGGCUCCAUCCUCCUGCCGAUAUGUUGCGCUGUCCUAUGUCUGGGGACCGAGCCAUUUGCACCAUUGUAGCCCGGAAAUCGGUGAUCCUUCUCUCCAGAACGCCCCAAAGGUGGUCACCGAUAGUAUGAAAGUCGUCAGGCUACUAGGGUUUCGCUAUUUAUGGAUUGACAGGUAUUGUAUCCACCAAUUCGAUUCAGCUGAGAAGCAUGAUCAGAUUUCUCGUAUGGAUUCGAUAUAUGCCAGUGCUCAACUUACCAUUAUUGCGGCCGCCGGCAUUGGUCCAGACAUUGGCCUUCCGGGGGUUAAUGGAACACUUCGAAGACCCCAGCCAUCAUAUCAAUUUGGAGAUUACAAAGUAGUAUCGUCCCUUGUAACUGCUACUGUUUCAUUGUCUGAAACAGCAUGGACCUCGCGCGGAUGGACAUAUCAGGAAGGGCUACUAUCGAGAAGACGUUUGAUUUUCACAUACGACCAGGUAUACUUCGAAUGCAAUGGUAUGCACUACGCUGAAGUUCUACACUUACCGCUUCAAGAAAUGCUUGACACAGACACGGGGAAAGCUAGGGUAGAAGUUCCUCCAGGUGCUUUUACAACGAAAUCAAUUGGAGAUUACCCAUGGAGAAUUAUGCAAUCUGUAUCAGACUUCUCGGCAAGACAGCUCACUUACCAAUCCGACGCUCUAAACGCCAUUCAAGGCAUCUUUCGAGCUUUCGAAAAGAGUCCCUACCCUACGUAUCAACUGAUGGGAGUUCCAAUAAUGUCAUCGUAUAUCAUAUCUGGUACUUCUGACCCAGUUGUGUCCACAAUCUCACGGUAUCCCGACGAAGGAUUUAUGAUUGGACUGUUGUGGUUUCAUCGACACUCUCGCCCGGAGGCUGACUUGCGCAGGCAAUGCUUUCCAUCUUGGUCCUGGGCAGGAUGGAACGGACAACCAGAGCAAUACCUCGAGUUCAAUCAUCGUUCUCAGUUAUCCGAUCUUGGAGUUCAAGUCUCCGUAGAAGAUUCCGACGGUUCUCUGCUACCCUUCCCCAUGAAUGAUCCUUCAAUUCCGCUAUUUCUCGAUCGUCUUCACGACGCAAGAUUCAUCCACGUCACAGCGAGGACAUCUAAGUGUAAGAUCAUUCACAAAAGUUUCUUCACAGUCCCAGUCGAAGCUGGGUCUAGGUCUUCAUACAUGGCACUCCUUGCGGGUGAAAGCCGAGCUGUCUGUUUGGAAUUUGAGCCCGCAUACAAGAACGAAGCAGAUUUAUCCAAAAGUUCUCUGUCAGGCAAAAACCUUACAGCCAUCAUCUUUGCGCCGGAUACAGAGGUUGAUGACAUUGACCGGCAGGUGUCAGUUCUUGUAGUCGAGGAGAAAGGGGACUUGACUGAAAGAGUAGGAAUAUGUCUUAGGCCCGAUGUGUAUGAUUUUCGAGGUGUCAAAUCGGAACCACGACUAAUCUCUAAUUUCCUGGAUAUCUCGUUUUCAGACCAUCGGCAUCCUUAUACUGCGAAAGAUAAGGAUGAGAAUAGACAAGCGUUCAAGGAAUGGUUGGACGAGCUAACGACUCGUACGAUUCGAAUAGGAUGA